AGUGAGCGAGGGAACACCAUAAGUUUCAUCUACUGUCACAUGGAGCUCUGCAGAAGAUCUGAAACGACGUGGAAACGGAUCCAAUCCUGAGAACAAAAAGAAGAAGAAACCACUAAACUCAGCCCGCCCCUCUAAACACUGCCAAUCAUAAGACUGAAAAUGGCGCCGUCUCUUGCGCAGGCAUAUAGAAGACGCUGGUGGAUGGCAGUGACGGCGGUGAUCGAGAACCUCCUCUUCUCCGCUGUUCUGCUGGGCUGGGGUUCCCUCCUCCUCAUGCUGAAAAACGAGGGCUUCUACUCACACUUGUGCACAGAAAAUGGAACAGAGCUCCGUGCUAACAGAAGCUCAGGUGAUAGCACAGAGUGGCUGAGCUGUGUGGAGCAGGAGGAAAUUCUAAACCUCGGCUUUACCAUCGGCUCUUUCAUCAUUAGCGGGGCCACUCUGCCACUGGGAAUCCUGAUGGACAAGUAUGGGCCACGCCCACUCCGGCUACUGGGCAGCUUCUGCUUUGCCCUCUCCAUGGGAUUGAUUGCCGUGGCAUCAUAUGAUCCCUCAGUAUUAUCUGCAAUCAUCUUUGUCGCUGUCUCCUUUAAUGGCUUUGGAGGAAUAUGUCUGACCUUUACUUCAUUGACGCUUCCCAACAUGUUUGGAAAUAUCCGCUCUACUAUUCUCUCACUCAUGAUUGGAUCAUAUGCUUCCUCUGCAGUUACCUUCCCAGGAGUUAAGCUAAUCUACGAUGCCGGCGUCUCCUUCCAUGUGAUAUUCUGGGUGUGGGCGGGAUUAGCCGGCCUUGUCUUCAUUAACUGCUUUCUUAAUUGGCCGGUGGAGCCCUUCCCCGGCCCCGAGGAGGUCAACUACACUAAAAAGGUGACGCUGAAUAGUGUAGCAAUGGAUCACAAGGUGACAGGAGAUCGCAGCUAUAGUCACGUGACCACUGAAGAACAGGAAAUAUCGAAUAAAGAGCUUUCUGAAGAGCACAAACAGAGCAAUGGUGUGGCCACACAGAGCCAGGGUUCACCUCCAUUCCGCCGCUCUGUGUGUUCACCUAUCUUCUUGUGGAGUUUGAUCACCAUGCCCAUGACCCAGCUCCGCAUUAUUUUUUACAUGGGAGCCAUGAACAAGAUGCUGGAGUUUCUGGUAACCCACGGUGACCCCAAUACUCCAGAAGAUUUGAUGUUAGAAGCUGAAGAACAAGUGAGUUUCUACUCGUCCAUAUUUGGCACUCUGCAGCUGCUGUGUUUGGUGUCCUGUCCUCUAAUUGGCUACAUCAUGGACUGGAAAAUGAAAGAGUGUGAGGAGGAGGAAAAAAAUAGCAUAGCAGAUGGAAACAAAAGGCCUUUGAAGAGAGACAGAAAGAUCCAGAAGCUCACCAAUGCCAUCAGAGCCUUUAUCUUUACCAACCUACUGCUGGUUGGAUUUGGCAUAAUCUCCUUAAUAGACAACCUGCCAGUACAGGUGGUGUCUUUCAUCCUUCAUACUGCAGUGCGAGGUUUUAUACACUCCUGCUGUGGGGGACUAUAUGCUGCUGUGUAUCCAUCUAAUCACUUUGGUACUCUGACGGGUAUGCAGUCUUUAGUGAGUGCACUGUUUGCCCUGAUUCAGCAACCGCUCUUUGUCUGCAUGUUGGGUCCACUCAAGGGAGACCCUUACUGGAUCAACCUUGGGCUGCUUCUCUUCUCACUGACGGGUUUCCUGCUGCCAGGGUAUCUGUUCUUCCACCGCAGGCAGCUCAUUAAAGAGAAGAAGGUUCGGGAUCAGGCAGCACUGGAGAUGGUCAACCUCAACCAACCAGAAAACGGCUCAGCGAAGCGCCUUAGCAAUGGGCUGGACCCAGAUGAGAUUUAGAAAAGUAGAAAUAGAGAAUAAAAAAGAAUAGUGUAGAAUAAAGCAUCAAAUGGGCAGUGAGUGGUCUUUUGUUCAGAUGGUAAAGACCACAAAGAUCCCUGCUUUCCUGAAACCAAAACCUAAAUUAUAUUCAACCAAAAAAACUCAUGUUGGGACCAAAUUAGGUCUAAAUAACAAAACAACGUCUUUGUGGCAAACAAAUUUUAUUUCUGUUACAUUUAUAUAAUUUAGUAGAUGCUCUUAUCCAGAGCUCAACUGUCCACUCAGAAAAUAUACUGUAUCCAAAGAUGCAUUUGAGCAUAGAGGUACUGCAGAAAAAAAGACACCUAAGUGCAAUCACAAGCCUUUAACAAGUGCAAGAUAAAGUGCACUUAAUUAAAUAAUACGUGCUAGGUUAAGUGCUCUUAUAAAGAUUAGUCCUCAGUCGGAGUUUGAAGACAGGAAGCGGCUCGGCUGUUCAGAUACCCAGGGAAAGCUUGUGCUAGAUGUAGAGUAUAGAUGUUUGUCUCCGGAUUGCAGAGUCCUGUGCUUUCUCCUUUUAGGUCUCAUUAGGUUUCAGGACCGCCAUCACAACCAGCAUGACAGUAUUUAUUUCAUAGCAUCAGUGGUGCUAACAGACUGACUGAUAUUAUAAUGAGCUACCUCCUCCUGUCAAAUCUCAACUUUCUACAGUUACACACAUUCUUGGCCAAUCAGCAGUCUCUUAGCACUAUAUGUGUAAUUUAUAGUGCUUUUUAAAUCAAUUGGUAGAUAUUUAGGUAGAUAUUUUAGAAUGUAGUGAAUGUAUAGGAUGUACAGUGUGUGUGCAUUUUUGUUUUAGUUUAUUUCAGUGUGUGCAUGGCGGUCUCUGCUUAUGUUUUUUUUGUGGAUUUUUUUCUUUUUUCUAUUUUUUUUUUGCUGCUUGCCACAGCAUGGCUGCAUUUGGAGGCUGUGUGUAGGCGCUGACUAGUUUGUAAAGAAGUGAUGAUGUAAGAAUAACUUUAAUGAUAUUCACAUUUAUGAAAGUGUAAGUCAAGGGCUAUCGCGCUGUAUUAGGAUUUAAAACAUUUUAAAGGCACUUUUAAGCUCUUUGAAAAAUGUUUAGGCAUUUAUUGAGAAUGAUGCCAAUGUUUGCCAAUGGUCAAUAUCAUUUUUUUUUUUUACUAAAAUUAUAAGCCAUACAAUGUGCAAUAUGUUGAUGGAAUGUACUGUGUGCACCUAUAACAUUUGCUCUUCAGUGUUUGAUGAAUAUUGUAUGACUGACUUUGUUUUUAAAGCUGUUCUUUUUGACUUCCUAAACCAAUGCUGCAAACAUAUUGACACUGCUUAAACAUGUACAGUCUCAUGCUAAAGUUUGGGCAGCCCACAAUAAAUGUGUUAUUUAUCA